AUGCUGGCCUUCAUCAGUACUGAUUCCGAGACAAUAGGCGCGGGGGCCGGAGGCAUUGCCAGCGCUGCCAGGCUUGCCAAAGCCGGUUUCCGAGUAACUGUACUUGAGAAAAACGACCAUACUGGUGGACGCUGCAGCUUGAUAUACGACGACGGCUACCGGUUCGAUCAAGGCCCUUCUCUCCUCCUGCUGCCCGACCUGUUCGAGGAAACCUUUCGCGAUCUGGAUACGUCUCUCGAGGCCGAAGGGGUCGAGUUGCUCAAAUGCGAGCCCAACUACAAUGUCUGGUUCGGCGACGGGGAGUGCAUCGAGCUGUCCACGGAUGUUGCCAGGAUGAAGAAGACGAUCGAGCGUUGGGAAGGGAAAGAAGGUUUCGAGAGAUACCUCGCUUGGAUGAAGGAGGCCCACGUCCACUACGAGGCUAGUGUCGUUCAUGUGCUGAGGAAGAACUUUUCCACAAUCUGGGCGAUGGCUCGUCCGAGCUUCUUGCCCUACCUCCUGGCCUUGCACCCUUUCGAGAGCAUCUGGAAUCGGGCAGCGCGAUAUUUCCUGACGGAGCGACUGAGGAGAGCAUUCACUUUUGGAAGCAUGUAUAUGGGCAUGAGUCCCUUUGAAGCUCCUGGCACCUACAGCCUGCUCCAGUAUACUGAGCUGGCGGAAGGCAUAUGGUAUCCAAGAGGCGGGUUUCAUCAAGUCUUGGACGCUUUGGUCAGAGUUGGGCAGCGUCUCGGAGUCGAGUACAGACUGUCGACACCAGUCGCUCGGGUGAACAUCGAUGGAUAUUCCCAACGCGCGACGGGCGUCACGCUGGCUUCUGGAGAAGUUGUGACCGCCGAUAUCGUCUUGGUCAAUGCCGAUCUCGUCUACGCCUACAACGAGUUGCUACCCCCUUCUCAUCAAGCAACAACAUUGUCGAAGAAACCGGCUUCAUGUUCCAGUAUCUCAUUCUACUGGUCAAUGGACAAGGUGGUCCCUGAACUCCACACGCACAACGUCUUCUUGGCAGAUGACUACCAAGACAGCUUCGACGACAUCUUCAAGCGACAGCAGAUUCCCAAAGAACCCUCAUUCUACGUCAAUGUGCCCUCGCGCGUCGACCCCAGCGCCGCUCCCAAGGAUCGAGACAGCGUGGUGGUGCUCGUCCCAUGUGGUCAUCUACUGGAGGGAGAGGCUGGCGGGGGACUCAACCCGCACAGCGCACAAGAUUGGCAGGCCAUGGUUACGAGAGCUCGGCAUGCAGUGUUCGAAACGAUCCGCCUCCGGACAGGUGCCGAUCUUCAAUCCCACGUGGCUCACGAGAUAAUCAAUACGCCGAGCACGUGGAAGGACAGGUUCAAUCUUGACCGGGGAGCCAUUCUUGGAUUGAGCCACUCGUUCUUCAAUGUGCUCAGCUUCAGGCCAGGAACGAAGCACACGGCAAUAGGGGGGGUGUACUUUGUUGGAGCCAGCACCCACCCGGGAACAGGAGUGCCGAUUGUGCUGGCUGGGAGCAAGAUCACAACCGAACAAAUACUCGAUGACCUUGGUAUGAUCAAGCCAUGGUCUCCAGGCACUCACAGGACGAGGGUGGUAAGCGAUCUGGACAAGUGGGGAAAGCGACCUCUGGAUCUGGUGCACACCCUCAUUGCCAUGUUCUUUGCGUUGUUGGUGGUGCUUAUGCUUGCAGCUAGAUGA